CAGGACGCUCAAGAAAAUGUUCGUGAACGCAAAGACGGGAAAAUUCUUCGAUAAAGGAGACAUCUUCCAUAACAAGGUUCUGGCCCAGACGCUCAGGAACAUCUCUGGCAACCCGCUGAAGGGGAGUUCUCUGUCCACAGGCCCGUUGGCUGAAGCCAUGUUGGGCGACAUCAACAAGGAUGGCAACGAGCACAUGACCCUGACCGACUUGAAGAAUUACGAACCGUGGGUCGUGAGAGCGCAGAGCCUGCAGCUGUCCAAUGAGGAACGCGUACUUGUGCCUCUGCCGCCCUCGGGCGGAGUGUUAACGGCCUUCGCCCUCUCCAUCAUAGACAACUUUCGCAGUAGUGCCGGUCUUCUGCCCGACGACGUCUUGUCCGCGCACCGUGUGGUCGAAGUCCUGAAGUUUGCCUACGGGACACGCCCGAAGAUGGGCGACCUGCGGAAGGUGCCGAGGGUGUCCUCGCUCAUUAGCUCCAUCAUGAGUCCGGACAGGGCCACGGAGAUCGCGCAGAAGAUCAGCAGCAAGCCUCACGCGAAUGUGCAGGAUUAUGGCCUCGACUCCGUUAGCGCGGAAGACCACGGCUCGGGCCAGCUCGUCAUCGUAGCGCCCGACGGUGACGCUAUUGCGAUGACGAGCACCAUCAACACCGCUUUCGGAGCACUGGUUGCGUCCAGUUCAACUGGAAUCAUUCUCAACAACCAGAUGCACGGCUUCUCGGCGCAGGGCACUGCAGACGUGUACGGCUUCCCGGCUGGAAAGGAGAACGACAUCGCACCAGGCAAGAGUCCCAUGUCCUCCUUGACGCCCCUCAUCGUAGUCAACCGAUCUGGCGACGUGCUCUUCGUCGGGUCUGCGCUGGGCGGGACGAAAUGCACCUCCGCCUUGACGCAGGUCGUGGUGAGGACCCUAUGGAUGCAGCACACAGUCAAGGAGGCCAUUGACGCAGGUCGCCUGCAUAACCACCUCUUGCCAGAGAACGUUGUCAGGUACGAGAAGACCGCGGACAAGGACGUGCUCUGGUGGCUCAAGAUGCAGGGUUACGUGCUGGCCUCCGACCAGUGGCAGGGCGACGUCAUCGCCGUGCAGCGCGCCCAGUCGGAAAAAGUCUACCGCGAAAACUACGACUUCCGACACACGAGCAGCGGGGCUCUCGACGGAGCUUAACUGUAAACAGCACCACUUUAUAGACAGCCCAGUCAGGAAGCGGCAGAACGCUUCCUGCGUUUUCUACAUCCCUCUAACGGGACAUACGUGUCAUAAUUUUACGCUUCAAAUAAAUGUACAAUAUUU